CAUCCUCACGCGUCCAUUACACAAACUAUGUGUGUAAUACACAAGGAUUUUAUUAUGUGCCCUAUGUUGAACCAUUACCAGACAUAAUGAGUCGGCAUGGUCUAGACGGUAAGGAACACACCCUCAAAUACUACCCUUGGAUAUCCCUUAUUUUGAUCCUCCAAGCGUUUUUAUUUUAUAUACCUCACUUGCUAUGGAGACUAGGCGCCGUCAGAGAGGGAUUUCAUCACGCCGUCUGUCUAGAUAUCAUUGAUAGACAUAUGUUUGAAAGGAAGACGGACGAAUCAGGACGAAAAAUUAAAGAAGAGGUCAUCGACAGUAUUGAGAACUAUUUAAUCCGUUUGAUCGGUUUGCAGGAUUCCGCGAGCUCAUAUUUGACUCCGCUUAUUCCUAUGGGGUAUCGCUACACAGCCUGGUUUGUCGCAGCACAUUUUUUCCUGAUAAUUAAUUCUGUUUCGCAGUUUUACCUGCUGGAGUUUCUACUUGGAAUUGAUUUUAUGAACUUCGGUAUAGAUUAUUUAUCACAGAUGCCAAAUUUAUUAUGGAAAGAUCCAAAUAGAUUUCCAAGAACAGCGUUUUGUGAUUUAACCAUUCGCCAGCAAACCAACAUCCAGCUAUAUACAGUCCAGUGUGCUCUACCAUCAAACAUGUUUACUGAAAAAAUGUUCAUGUUUGUGUGGAUAAUACUGCUUGGCGUGUCUAUUCUAAACAUACUUUCAUUCGCGUACCACGUGACUACAAUACAACCGGGAAGUUUUUCCAAUGAGUUGUUUCAGUUGGAUUGCUCUCUCGGGAGCAUCUUGGUCCCAGACAGACUGGUCCUCGCAUAUCUAGAUGAGGCGUCCUUCACCGAGAUGUUCGACUACUCUACAAUUGGGACAUACGUAGAGUGUGCGUUGUCCUUACUCUCCAAUAUCCUGUUGGCUUCAGGAAAGGAAACGUUCUGGGUACAUUUCAUCCGGAGUUCUUCCCUCGCCUUUUUCCAGACUGCAGUCUCGAGAGGAGACCUUAUGAUUUCCCUAGCAGCUGAUGCAAAGUUGGCCAACAAUUGUUCACUUCUCACGGUCGGUACAUCUUCGCUAGCCAAGGCUUCUGAUUACGUUAUACACCACGAAGUGUAA